AAAACAAGGACAUGCGUUGUGGUUUUAGCUAAUGUCUUGGAAUAGGUAACAGCCUCGGAGUUUAUUGAUGGACUUUUGUGGAAAGCAAACGUCAGAGAUAAGCGCUGUGAAGGAGGCACUCGACAAACUUUUCUCAAUGACUCUAUAGCCAACUGAGGUAACAAUGGUACUAAUCUUGGGACGCCGCAUGAAUAGAGAGGAGAGUGGGAUACGAGAUUCCCCUGCAACCAAGCGGAAAGUUUUUGAAAUGGACCCAAAGUCGUUAUCAGGCCAUGAGUUUUUUGACUUCUCUUCGGGCUCGUCCCACGCUGAAAGCAUUCUGCAGAUCUUCAACGAGUUUAGAGACAGCCGCCUGUUCACCGAUGUUAUUAUCUGUGUGGAAGGAAGAGAAUUCCCCUGCCACCGAGCAGUGCUCUCUGCGUGCAGCAGCUACUUUAGAGCCAUGUUCUGCAAUGACCACAGAGAAAGCAGGGAGAUGCUGGUGGAGAUCAACGGUAUCUUUGCUGAAGCUAUGGACUGCUUUUUGCAGUAUGUAUACACUGGCAAGGUGAAAAUCACCACUGAGAACGUGCAGUAUCUCUUUGAAACAUCUAGUCUAUUCCAGAUCAGCGUUUUGCGCGACGCCUGUGCCAAAUUCCUGGAAGAACAGCUGGAUCCAUGCAACUGCCUGGGAAUCCAGCGUUUUGCAGAUACACACUCGCUUAAGACGCUGUUCACCAAGUGCAGGAAUUUUGCUCUGCAGACGUUUGAGGAUGUGUCCCAGCAUGAAGAAUUCCUGGAGCUGGGCAAGGAUGAGCUUAUUGAUUACAUUUGCAGUGAUGAAUUGGUAAUCACUAAGGAAGAGAUGGUGUUUGAAGCUGUCAUGCGCUGGGUGUACCGGGCGGUUGAGCUGAGAAGACCAGUGUUGCAUGAACUUCUGACGCACGUCAGGCUCCCCUUGCUGCACCCCAACUACUUCGUGCAGACAGUGGAAGUGGACCAGCUCAUUCAGAACUCCCCAGAGUGCUACCAGCUACUGCAUGAAGCCAGGCGGUACCAUAUCCUGGGAAAUGAGAUGAUGUCUCCCAGAACUAGGCCACGCAGAUCAACCGGUUAUUCGGAGGUGAUAGUUGUUGUUGGAGGCUGUGAACGAGUCGGAGGCUUUAAUUUGCCGUAUACUGAGUGCUAUGAUCCCGUAACAGGAGAGUGGAAGUCGCUGGCCAAACUUCCGGAGUUUACCAAGUCUGAAUAUGCAGUGUGCGCCCUACGGAAUGAUAUCCUUGUUUCAGGUGGAAGAAUCAAUAGCCGGGAUGUGUGGAUCUAUAACUCCCAACUUAACAUUUGGAUCCGAGUUGCCUCCUUAAAUAAAGGCAGAUGGCGUCAUAAAAUGGCUGUUCUUCUUGGUAAAGUUUAUGUUGUUGGAGGAUACGAUGGUCAAAGCAGACUCAGCAGUGUGGAGUGUUACGAUUCGUUUUCCAAUCGAUGGACAGAAGUGGCUCCCCUUAAAGAAGCCGUGAGCUCUCCAGCAGUCACCAGCUGUGUUGGCAAACUGUUUGUGAUCGGAGGUGGUCCUGAUGACAACACAUGUUCAGACAAGGUUCAGUCUUACGAUCCUGAUACUAAUUCUUGGUUACUCCGUGCAACUAUCCCAAUUGCAAAAAGAUGUAUUACUGCUGUGUCGUUAAACAAUCUGAUCUAUGUUGCUGGGGGGCUUACUAAAGCAAUAUACUGCUAUGAUCCAGUUGAGGACUACUGGAUGCAUGUACAGAAUACAUUCAGCAGACAGGAGAAUUGUGGCAUGUCUGUGUGUAAUGGAAAAAUAUAUAUCCUUGGUGGAAGACGAGAAAACGGCGAAGCCACCGACACUAUCCUUUGUUACGACCCUGCAACGGGCAUUAUCACGGGAGUGGCAGCCAUGCCCAGGCCAGUAUCGUAUCACGGCUGUGUGACAAUUCAUAGAUACAAUGAAAAAGGCUUUAAGCUGUAAAGCAAAAAAGCAAAACAAGAACAAUAAAAAGGAGAUGGCGUGAAUGAAUGGCAGUGGUCUGCUGUGGCACAGGUUUUUAAAGAUCCCUGAAAUUGGAAAAUGUCCUUUCCCAACUGUCAAAUGAAAGCUGUAUCCUGUGCCUUCAAAAAAAAAGCCAAACAAAAAGAGAAAGAAGACAAGUCUACCAAUCUAUCCAGUAACUCCAGUUUAAUUGUAUAUGCCGUGUGCUCUGAUGAGUGCAGUAUUAGUACUUUGCACUAGUGUGGAGAAAAUUUUGACCUCUGUGUGAUUAGUAAUUAAAAGCUUGGAAGUUUUGCGGGGAAAGUGCCUUCACAGGUGUUUGUGCCUGUAUCCUAAGAAGCAAUGUCUACAAGUUGUUUUGGGUUCUGCAAGAUACAUUGGCAAGUAAGUAAAUUUCAAAGAAUUAUCUAUGAAAAUUAAUACCUAGGAUUAAAAAAAAAAUCUUAUAUAGUUUAAUUCAUAUGCACAGCAUUCUUACAAGCAGAUUACUUCACCAAGUAGACUUUAUUUCAGGUCAUGCGUGGUUUGUGACAAAAAAAAAAAAAAAUCACAAUUCAGCUACAUAGGAAAUAUAUGAGAAUCUCUGAGGAAUACUCUCUUUUGAAGGAGAACAGUGACAUCUUGGUUGUCCCUGUGCUACUGCAAUAUACUGCAGUGACAACUGUAUGCUGAAACACUAUGGGCCUUAUUCGUAGUAUUGCUGAAUGCUUUUUGGAAGUAGAAGGCUACAAGACAUGGAAAACUGGUGACGGCGGAGGUGCAGGCACACAUCUGCAAAGCACAUUUUGAAUCCCUGUGCUUGCAAAUCUUGAACAAUACAGCCGAAGUCUGAACGUUCCUGGCUUCGCUCUUUGCUCUUCAUGGAAUGUCUCUAACCUCGUCAAGGAAUUGAGGCCAGCUAACUUUGUGUGUGUUUUGCCUUUCUGAAUGACGCUAUAAAUCACAUGAUAAUGGAGGUAGGGACUCAGAUUGCACCCCACAGCUUACAAAUUAUUCUCUCAACUAAUUCAUCUGCAGAGGUCCAGAGUAUCCCCUGAGUAUUUCUUGGCCUUUCUUCAAACAGUCACUUACAGUAGUUCAGCUGUUCUGCAUGAUAAGCAACUUGGCCGUAGGUGAAGAGGCUCCUGAAAAGUCCUUCGUGUAUCCCGAAAAAUGUUUGUGGACCUGUCCAUGUAGCCAUGUGAGGUAACUGCUAUGUAGCAUACUCUGACUGAUUUUGAAGCCAGGGUUUUGGUGAAUUUUGAACCCUGUGAGGCUUCUGUAUUUUGGCCUAUUUCUUUUUCCUUUAUUUUUUCCUCCAGGGAGACUUGUUUUAAGUUCUCCUUGACUCCAGAACUUCUUUUAAGUUCUCCCUGAUUUCAUACGAGGUCAUCUUCUUCUCAGUAGACAGUUGUACAGUUGAGGCACAAUUUCAUUAAAAUUGAAAUAGCACUUGAGAUUUGGAAAAUAAAUAGUUGUCUGUGUACCAAGUUCCUACUAAUCACUAGAAACAUCAAAAACUCAUUUUCAAGGGAACCUGAGGACAGCAGCCAGAAGGGAAGCUGGUUAGUGCCAGGGCAGGGAAAAAAGCCUAAGACCCCUGCCAAGCCAGCCCUGCCGCUGCCAGGCCCUGAUCUCUGCUCAGGAGGGUGAGAACGAGCACCACAUCGUCUUUGGAACAUCUUUUUUUUUCUACUGGACUCUCUUAACCAUCUAUUUUUCUCGGAGUACUUUGUGACUUUGUGAGAGUGAAAUUCUGACCUUCAGUAAAGCCAUGCCAAAUUUGAAAUUACCACUUUCAGUAAUAUACAGUCGUGUCUUGUUAAAGAGCACUGGAGCUGCACUUUGUGAUGCGUUAACUUGUAACCUCAGGAAAAUACACAAAUUUCAGUUUCUGGCUAAAUACCAAACACUGGUUGUAAAUGUUAAGAAUAUUGGUAAUGUACAAAUCUCUGCAUAUCAUUGAUGUUCUUAGCAAAGCAGUCCCUGAGCGCGUGCGUUCAUAUUGUCCUAAAUAGAAGUAAUUCAGUAAUGUAAGACAAAUGAAUCAGAUGAAUUAAUCCUUUUUCAAGUUUCUUGUGUCUCUACUCACCAAAUUACUUUGAAAAGGUAGUUUCAGUACUUAUGAAGAAGGUCCAUUGAUAGCAAUGGUAAUUGCCCAGUAACUGAUGAAUCCUAACACUGUAUAUAACUUGUCCCAUCCUUGUAGAUGAAAAUGUAAAAAUGGUAGGUGCACUUCAUUGGAGAUAUUUGGAAAAUUUUCUCUUCUGCUGUUAUUUUCUCUCCCUGUUUGUAUUGAGAUUGUGACAGUGAUCAUCAUGUUAAACUGUUCUUAAAUAUUCAUCAUAUAAGUGUAGAAUAAUGUCAUAUAUGUUUAGGUAUCAUUUAUUCCAUGUUUAUAGAACUGCAAUAUUCUGUAAAUAACAAGAUACUUUUUUAUGGUUUUGAAGAUUCAGUUUAUAGUUUAGUCAUCUUAGUCAUUUAUGUACUCUGUUACUGUUAUGUAUUGUUUUUAAAAAUAGUUGUUAAAUGAACCAGUAAAUGCAAAAAUGUAGAUGCAGAAGAAAAUUUCUGCUUUCUUUCGAGCCUGUACUCAAUGCUGAAGAGUUAAGUGUGUGGAGUAUU